AGUGGUGAGGCAGGUCUGUGGGUGUCUUUCUCUCCCCCUGUCUUCCCCCUCCUCUCUCGAUUUCUCUCUGUCCUAUCCAAUGGCAGCAACAACAAUAACAACAACGAUAAAUAACAAGGGUAACAAAAGGGAAAAAAAAUUUAAAAUAAAUAAGGGGGGGCAGCCUCCAGGAGCAGUGGAUUCAUAGUGCAGGCACCACGCCCUGGCAAUAGCCCUGGGGACAAAAAAAAAAAAAAAGGAAGAAAGGAAGGAAGGAAAAAAGAAAGAAAAAAAAGAAAGCAAGAAAGAGAAAAAAAGGCAGAAAGAAAGGAAGAAAGAAAAAGAAAGAGAGAAAGAAAGAGAAAGAGUAAGAAAGAAAGAAGAGAAAGAAAGAGAAAGAAAGAAAGAGAAAAAGAAAGAGAAAGAAAGAAAGGGAAAGAAAAAGAAAGAGAAAGAAAGAAAAAGAAAGGAAAGAAAGAAAGAAAGAAAAAGAAAGAGAAAGAAAGAAAGAAAGAAAGAAAGAAAGAAAGAAAGAAAGAAAGAAAGAAAGAAAGAAAGAAAGAAAGAAAGAAAGAAAGAAAAGAGAGAGAAAAGCAACUCUAGAAGUUGUCAGAAGGCGGCCUGGGCAAAGCCAGUGCCCGGAUGCCUCCGGGACGUGGAGCGCACUUGGCCGGGCCGCCUGCCCGCGGCGGAAGCGGGGUCGGGACCACCCCUGUGCUGUCUCCCCGCUCUCCGGGCCUGUUGCCUGGGAGACGCGACGAGGCUGGCUAGGAGGAAGAGCUUCCAAUGCCCGGCUGGGAGAGCAUGCUUCGGAUCCCGGAAUUGAUAGCAUCGGCGAGGAAGAAGCGGUUGGACCUGUCUGCCAACUCCCGGUCCGAACAAAUGGGGUUACGAUUAGGGAUGUGGUACUGGAAAGAUGAAACCAGAUCUCUUGAAUUCAGAAGUUUUGCACCUGCAGUAGAGGUCAAGGAGAAAGCAAAGAGGGGCAAAGCAGUUCACUUUACUGAAAUUGAUGGGCCGGCUUCAGAAAGGUUGACAGAUAAAAGGCUUACUCUAAAAGGAGAUAAGUCACCGAAAGCCUCAGAGAAACGAGGUGAACAGGGCAAUGUAACACUUCAUGAUGUUAAAUUUGUUGCUUUGCUUUUGCUGCAGGAUACUGAGAUGCAGCGGAUCUGCUCUUUCACGACAUUUAUGAGGAAUAAGUAUCUAGACAAUUUCCUUAUGGCAUUAUUGUACUAUCUAUCUCAUUUCUUGGAAAAAAUUUCCUUGGAAAACAAACCCCAAAGCUAUAUGGUGGGCCUAGUAGAGAAAAAAGAGAUGGAACUGGUGUUAAAUAAGUUAGAAGCAGCACAGGCAUACCUGGCACAGAAGUACUGUAUCCUUGUCCUAGGCUUGGGAAUGCCUGAUAAACAUCAUAUGUCUUGUGGAAAGGAGAAAAUAUCAGACACACAAAAAGACUGGAAAUUCUUUGAGUCCUUUUAUACUUUCUGUACAUACAUAGCUUGGAUUGUCUUCCGACGCCAACAGUUUGUAGAGAUUGAGGAAGAAAUAGGGAGGCUUUUUCGUACCAAUAUGUUCAACAUUCCUCGAAGGAAACGUGAGGAUGAAGAAUUAGGAGGGGAAAAGAAACGCAUGACAUUUGUACAAUUCAGGAGAAUGAUGGCAAGACGCCCAGCGAUUAAAAAAGCCAUUUACAUGCGGUCUCCAGUCAUGUCUACUCUGCUGCCAUCUCUCAGAGAAAAAGCUCUAAGUGUCCUUGAUAAAAAGCAUCAUCAAGUAGGCACCAAACACUCAACCCAGAUGCAAACACACAUGGAGUGUUUGGACUCUGUUCCCAUGGAAAUAGUUGGAAUCUUGGGAGAGCCUCGAAGUCAAUUCAAUCCCCAUACCCUUCUGCCCCUUGAUCCUGAAGAUAACACAAAUUCAGGUGGGAGAAACUCUUCCCUCAUAGAAAGAAACAACAUGAAGGUUCAGGAUACACUGGAUUUAGUCAUGAAAACAUUGUCCCCGCAAACAACAUUCCCCAAAUGAGCUGGUACAUUCCAUUUCUGUAACUAAGUCCUUGUAUUAGGAAGAAACUACUUUAGCUUAAUUACUUAUAUAAAGUAAUUAUACUGGACCAAUAUGUUGGACUACUGCUAUUGUUAAACUCUGAAAUUUGUUCACAUUUGUUAAAAGUUCGACCAUUAAAGUAUCCCCAAAAAUC